CAGGAAAUUGCGGACCCUGUAAUGUCCCCCUCUUCCUCCUCCUCCUCCCUUGUCGGAGUGAUGUAGGAUCACAAGUAUGGGGCAACACCUUCCAAGGAGAAAACACAUGCACUUUGACAACACACACAGUUUCCUAGUGCUGAGUGCUGCGGGGCCGGAGAACGACACACGUGUUGCGUUGGACCAAGCUGAGUUGAAGUUUCACCAAAGUCAAGGCUGGCUGCGUGGUGACUCAAGAGACGAUCAGGAGACUGAUGAAAAUACUGGACACGUGGUGUGCAACUGAGGCGCCGGAAUCUGCUUCGCCGGCGACUCCAGCGAAGCCUGAGAGAUCUCAUCAGCUGACCUAACAUGGGAUGAACUCCUGACUUCGGAGCCCCAAGGCUUCAAAUAAAUUGGACUUAUCCCGCAAAACCACAGAUGACAUCAGUGACUGGACAGCAAGUGUAUCCUGACUGCGAGCGCCGCCACAUCCCCUGACCUUUAACCCCGGAGAGGGGUGGACACCAUGCGCUGCACCACGGUCCUGGCCCUCUUGUUCGGGGUGGUGCUGUACCUGGGCAUGGGAGCGCUGGUCUUCCAGAAUCUGGAGGCUUCUGAGGAGAACGACAAGUUCCAGGAGCUGCUGGUCGCCAAGAACAACUUCCUGAACAAUCACUCCUGCGUGAGCGAGGGGGAAUUCUACAAGCUGGUGAAGGAAGUCUCAUCUGCCGUGGAAGCAGGCUUGGAGGUGGGCAGCCUCUCCGCCAACUUCACCACCCGCUGGGACGUGGCCUCCGCCUUUUUCUUCUGCGGCGCCAUCAUCACCACCAUAGGUUUCGGGAACCUGUCUCCUCGGACGUGGUACGGCCAGCUGUUCUGCGUGUGCUACGCCCUGGUGGGCAUCCCCAUGUUCGGCAUCCUGCUGGCCGGAGUGGGCGACCACAUGGGCACCGUGCUGCGCAGGGCGGUGGCCAAGAUUGAGGACCUCUUCCUGAAGCGUCAAGUGCGACCCACCACGGUGCGAGUGAUCUCAGCCGUGCUCUCCAUCCUCAUCGGCUGCCUCAUCUUCCUGGCCGUGCCCACUGUUGUCUUUCAGAAGUCCGAGGAGUGGUCCUUCCUGGAGUCGUUCUACUUUGUGGUCAUCACGCUCACCACCGUGGGCUUCGGAGACUACGUACCGAAUGGUAGUCACGCUGGCAGGCUGUUCUUCAAACCUCUGGUGUGGUUGUGGAUCGUGUUUGGUCUGGCCUACUUUGCCUCCAUUCUCACCAUGAUUGGCAACUGGCUGCGUGUGCUCUCCAAGAGGACCCGCGCAGAGAUGGAGGAGUUGCGCGCCCACGCCACCGACUGGACGCAGCACAUGUCCAAGGACUUCCGCAUCCCCAAUCCCUUGGAGUUCAACGACCCGUUCCUCCUGCAGCGCCGGCGCUGGAAGCGAAGCGAGCGUCGCCGCAUCCGCCGCGGGGCCCAAGUCACGUUGGGUUACUGGGCCCAGGGCGGCUCCGGGAACGGACACCUCCGCGGCCGCUGGGGCGGCCCGUCCGGCUCCGUGAGCCACCUGGAGGGGCUCUGCUCCUCCCUGGAGAGGACGAUGAUGACCAAGCCGAGGGGGAGGCUCGGCGGCGGCGGCGGGACGAUGCCGAGGACGAAGCCCUCCGAGCCGUCUGCGGUUUUGCGCCAACAGGCGCUGCGUCGCUCCUUACCUCACCUGCUCAUGCGUUCCUUCUCCCUUCCCGCCGCUCCGUCCGCAUUGGAGUUGGACUCCCCUGAAGGCGGGAUGCAGGAUGGCUCCCUCUCAGGAUCUGAUUUUGACUCCAGAUCCGACGUCUCCUCCACGUCUUCGUCUUUCUCGGUUCUCCGGAAGCUCGGGGCUCACCGUGCGCUCGAAGCUGGAGGAGACAAAAUGAACUCAGAAGAGGAAGACAGACGCGUUGAAAACAAACCCUCACUUGACCCAAGUUCCCUCCCCCCGUCGGCUUCCCUCCCUCCCUACUCCACGGGCCUCCUGGACUUCUUCGGCGAGAACCUGGCAUACAUCGACGAGUCGUCGGACGCGCUUAGCGAGCGCGGCGACGAGACAAGGCGGCACCUGCGGAAGCCCAAGAGGAAGAGCCUGAGGAGCGUGAAGAAAGAACAAGAGCGGAGCCCCCCGCAGACCAGGAGGCCCAGCGGGGACAUGCAGCCACCGUCCAAUCCGCCCACGCCGCCUCCGGACUCGCCGCUGACUCACACGGACUCGCCACAGACACUCUGACAUUUCUCUCCUCGUGCCUUUUGUGAAGAAAAACCUUUCAGGUUUACAAUGUCUCACCAACGAUUUUUGAAUGUCUGCGCAGGUUCUCAGUCAUCCAGGUCACGUAAUCUCAAGGGGUUGAUUGGAUGCGACUGGAUUCUUCCUGGUUGUUGAAGACGAUUCACCUUUAAUCCAAAAGGAUUCUUCAGUUGUAAAUGUUAGCUGUAUUAAUUCCUUUGGAUGGAGUUUCCCCGUGGGGUGGUCCCAAUAGGGCUGUUAUUAUUCUUGCCAGGCGUGGCUAGUGAAUGACCGUCCUUGCGUCCUGCAUACCAACCGGUCGUUCACCUGUCCGGCAGCAAAAGAGCUCCUUCGUAGACAAUUUACCCAUGGAAUGAGACCAUCUUUUUGUGGGAACACACCCACCAGAGAUAGGAACAAGGAGACGUCGAAUAUAAAAUUUCCACAAACCAAAAGAGUCCAGUUGCCUCCAUUCAACCUUCGUGGACGUGUGAAUAUUUGAAGUGAAAGCACUGCAGCUUACACCCACAUGUCUUUGUGAUGUCACCUUUUUGUGUGCGUGUACUUUUAUUUGUGUAAAUUAAAUGAGACAUAUCAUGGGCA